AUGGCACAGAAUCAUGAGGAGACCAUCGCCGAGCUCCACGCCACACUCGAGCAACGUACCGACCAGAAGCACACCACAGAUCUAACCGGUGGUUCCUUGCCUGUGGCCGAGAAGGGAGAUAUCACAGAUGUCGAGCUCCAGCCUACAGCGGAAGGCGAAGAGCCGAACGAGCAAGAGAAGCACACCUUACGACGCAUCGGUGAGAAUCUGCCAAGUGCAGCAUAUCUUAUCGCGAUUGUAGAGCUGUGCGAACGGUUCACAUACUAUGGGUGCCAAGGAUUGUUCCAGAACUACAUCAACAACAGUCCCCAGGGCUACGACGGACCACGAGGUCUUGGUCUAGGACACGCAGGUGCCACGGGUCUAAACAUAUUCUUUCAGUUCUUCUGCUAUAUUACACCGAUCUUGGGCGCGAUCAUCUCCGAUCAAUACCUUGGCAAAUACAAGACCAUUCUCAUCUUCGCUUUCGUCUACUGGAUCGGCUUGCUAAUCCUCUGGACCACUGCUCUACCGACUUCGAUCGAACACGGAGCUAGUCUGGGCGGAUAUGUCGCGGCCAUCAUUGUCAUCGGCUUCGGCACUGGCGGUAUCAAGUCCAACAUCGCACCUCUGAUCGCCGACCAAUAUACCCGCAAAGUGAUGGCCAUCAAGACGGAGAAGAAUGGCGAGCGAGUUAUCAUCGAUCCUGCGAUCACCUACCAGCGCAUCUACAUGAUCUUCUACUGGUGUAUCAACGUUGGCUGCUUGUCACUACUGGCCACGCCUUUCAUGGAGAAGUAUAAGGGCUUUUGGAGCGCAUACAUCCUCUGUUUCUGCAUGUUCACAAUAGGUGUCGUGGUCCUUAUCGUAUGCCGCAAGUUCUACAUAGUCCGGCCACCGCAGGGAUCGAUUAUCACAGACGCCUUCAAGGCUAUCGGCAUGAUGAUUGCUGGACGAAGCUAUAACGCUGCCAAACCUACUUGGCGCGCGGCAAACGGCAAGAACAAGACUGUGCCCUGGAAUGACCACUUCGUGGAUGAGCUUGUCCGUGCUCUUCGAGCCUGCAAAGUCUUCGCAUUCUAUCCCAUCUUCUGGGUCUGCUACGGUCAAUUCAGCUCCAACUUCGUCAGCCAGGCUGCUCAGAUGCAGGGACACGGCAUGCCCAACGAUCUGAUGCAGAACUUCGACCCUAUCAGUAUCAUCGUCGUUAUCCCGAUCCUAGAUCGUCUGGUUUACCCGGCGCUGCGAAGAGCGCACAUCGAGCUCAAGCCAAUCAUGCGCAUUACCAUCGGCUUCUUCCUUGCUGGUUUGUGCUUGGCAUACGCCGCUAUCGUUCAGCAUAUCAUUUACUCCAGCGGUCCUUGCUAUGGCAGCCCAGGCGCCUGCCCCGCGGGGAUGGACGGCAAGACACCGCUCCCGAACAACGUCCACAUCGCCGUGCAAACGCCAGCCUACGUCUUCAUUGGUGUAGCCGAGAUCUUCAUCUCCGUCACUGGUCUCGAAUACGCCUAUACCAAAUCACCACCUUCCAUGAAGUCAUUCGUGCAGUCACUCUACCUCUUCACCAACGCCAUCGGCUCCGCCCUGAGCGAAGCCCUCGUCCCCGCUACCAGCGACCCAGCAAUCAUGUGGAUGUACACUGGUGUCGGCGUGGCUUCCGUGGCAACAUCGGCCAUCUUCUGGUUCAUCUUCCAUCACUACGAUGCUCAGGAGGAGGAGAUGAAUAAGCUUGAUCAGCACGACACUUGGGACGGGAAGGCAGGAGAGGAGAGUGAUGAGGAUGGUGCGGCGAGGAGUGCAAGAGGUGCCCCUGCGCAGGAGGUGACCGAGAAGAUAUAG